GUAGGUGUGAACUGAUGAUUCUCUAUCAAGUGAAGCAGAACGUUGUGUAUAAUACUUAUCUAUAUUUUGCGCUUAAUUAUCCCACAGAAAUUGAUUUACUGCGUGUGCGUGCCUGUGUGUGCAUGGUGUGAAAGAGAGCAUUCUCUGGCCUAGAAUCUAAUCCACUUAGUGGUGCUCUUGUUGCCCGUCAGACACUUCCUCCAAUGAUGGACAAGACUGGCAGACACAGAGAGGCUACGUACAGGACUGAAAUAGGAUGUUGAGGCUCUUGAUUGUUGCCACUCUAUUCAACGGCAGAGAUGGAAUCAAUACUUUUUGCUCUAGUCGUGCAGCUAUUGCAAAGCACUCAAGAAAGCCAUUCUUAUAACAAUAUCUUGUUAUUUCUCGCCUCCUUUUCUUAUACACUACAAUUGCACAUCCAUGCAAAACUGUAUAAUGUACAUGAAUAUAUCUGCAACCCAUUCUAUGGCUCUGUGUAAGCACAGCACAUAGUAUUAUAUCUGUGGUAAUAGUGGAUGGGUUGUUGUUAGCUGUGUUUAAAAGAUUAACCAGUCCUAGGAGCUUAGUGUUAGCAGCACUCACUGUGCUCUGCUUCCUUACUCUGUCGCUAUCUCUGGACCCUACUGCAGAUAGAGUUCAUGCAGAACACCUGAAGACUUCUUGGCAUGCUUCUGUGCCUUUUUAUGGAGAUUUAAAUGGAAGUUUGAAGAGAAACUCCUUAACAUCCAUGCAUGCUUUUUCUUUGGUUCAGAACUGAGGUGUUUACCUCUCCUGCUUGUAGAGACUGCUACUGAGGGACAGAAGACAGGCAACCAUGAGACUGUACUCACUGCUGCUUCUGCUCCUGGGGUCCUCACACGGGGUAUUCGCACAGCUGCCUGAGUUAAUGGAGGAGGAAGGUAGCGGUGUGACAGAGGUGGCUCCAGAGCCAGAACCUGUGGAUGACACCUACUGGUCAGGCACAGCCCCCAUCUGUAUGGGAGGUUGUAAGGGGAGACACCAGGAACUGAAGAAGGAUCGUUGUGGGGACUCUGCUGACUGCUGCUGGUUUGGCUAUAAAUCCCUCUGCAGAGUGAACUGUGGGAGGCCUGAUGUGGACUAUAAUGGGAUGGUGUACGGGAACGACUGGUGGGUGGGCUCAGUUGUCCGGUAUGCCUGUCGCUCUGGCUUCCUAUUGGUGGGGGACCCUGCCCGAGCCUGCCAGUCCAAUGGAGGCUGGACCCCCAAACCCUCCUGUCUCAGGGUGUGUCGUCAGGGCCGUGUGGAGAUCACUGAGAAGGAGCUAGAAACAGCUACCUGCUCCUCCACCUGUCCUCUUAAGUCCUACAUGGGGCCUCUUAAGCAGGGCUGCUACGGCAUUGACAACUGCAGGAAGAUGAAUCCUGACUGGAAGCGCUGGUUCACCCGCUGUGACACGUGCCUGUGUGAUUGUCACAUCGCCUGUGUAUCUUUAGGUUAAAAGACGGACAAAUUCCACUAUUGAGUGACUAGAAUAUGUAUUCCAAAACCAUCGCAAGGAUAUCGGUGAACAGCCUAACAUCACAGAUCCUCAUUGGAAUCUCAAUCGGAAUGCUUGAAUCCUCGUCGGACUAUUGUUGCUUCAUCUGCUGUCAAAAGGAGGAUCAAAGGGAAACCUAUCGAGACAUCUCUGUGGAACUAACAACAGUCUGUCGUGAGAGACUGCGGUCCUAACCUCAACAACCUCAUAGGGUUAACGUAUAGAACACAGUGGAGGUAAAGACACUACUUUUCCUCAGUUUCCUAAACAAACUCCCUGACUACAUAAAGGACUCAUCAUGCAGCGUAUAUUAACAGUUUUGACGAUAGAGGGGGAGGCCUCUCCUAGUGUAGAGGUUCUGUUGGGAUUAACGAGUUGUCCUUUAGCUCAACCUGCUCAUUCAAUCUGUCCUGGAACCUAGAAUGAGCUAGUUGUUGAGCUGAGACCUUAAUCUUGUUACCCACCGCAGCCCAGAGGAGAGUAGAGGUGUCGGUGGAAGUCAGAGAGGAGGACCAGGUUAACUAUCUAACAGCAUGUUUACUGUACUGCAUGUGGGGAUAGCUUGGAAUAACAUAAUAUGCAAUGUGUAUUUCUAAAUGGAUGGGGAUAUACAAUAUUAACGAAGUGUGUCUUCAUUUCUCCUUAUGUUACAGCCAUUGGUUGGACUGUCUGUAUUGCUUAAGAGUUACCCAGAUGUAGAUGGUUGUCCAAAGUCAAAGGUGCUUCCUCACUAACAAUGUUAGUUGUUGAUGAUUUGUCAUUGUCUUAUAAAUCCAAUUCUGUGUUUAGACCAUAGGGAUCUAGAUUAAUUCUAUUUUGAAUCCAUUCUAUUUAAUUAUGUUUGUUUAGAUCAAGAGCUGAGCCUCAGGAUAUGUUUGUUUUCUUUGCGUUUGUAGCAGCCAACUCCUGCAAUGAAAUGAACAUGACCAAGUCAAACAUUAUUUUGUCUUAGUAAUGCUAUGCUAAACAACUGCUUAUUACACACAGAAUGGAAUAGUGUUGUACAUACUGGGAGAACAGAAGAAUAAGAGAUGAUUCAUAAGCACUGUUUUAGACCCGCAAGAACCUGCAUCCAUCCUGGUCUGAACCCCAGAGGACUCUGACAGUAGCUCCCAGGAGGUCUGAUUGGCCUCAUUUCCAGCCACUCAAUUCACACGCUUCCAGGGGCAGCCCAAAGUCUGGGUAACUCUUUCUCUGUGAACCUAUUAAAUGGAGAGCAACAAGUGUAAGUUCAUCAUGCACAACAAGGCAGGAUAGGCUAUGAUGACUGACCAUACCGUACAACAUUUUGAUAAGAGAAAUUGACUUUGAUUUCUGGAAGUAUGUCAUUGUAAAAUGUAUAGAAUUAAGCCUGAAAAUGUAUGAUUAUACAAGAGAUUACGUAGACUUCUCUGUCAAAUGAAAUGUAUUUAAAUUUGUGUUUAGUGUUAAUAAUGAUGCUAAUACUGACCAAUGUUCCUUACUUAAAGUCGUGGUCUGGGUCCUCCAGUCUCCUCAUGGGCCCCAAUAGUACUCCCCCUUCCACCACCGAGCUGGAGUAGACCUGACUGUCCAACCAAUUCUCCAUUGGACAGCUCACUCUCACACAGACAGCCUGAUAGGCACUGCCACCCUCAAUGGACCUACAAGAUGCAACAAGAACCCAAGAUAAUGAAGGCUUAUUAUGACCCUUCAAGCGGGUAUGUACUCUCUUUAGUGUUCAAUAUGAAACCAUGAUAACUGUAAAUUAAAAGACAAGUAAUAGCAUUGUGUAGUAUUAGUGACAGUUUAAUGUGUACGCUGACAUUUACUUUCAUAUUCAAUCAACCGACAUGAGCGAUACUGUUUGCAGGACAUGACCUACAGCAACACAAUAUAUAUGUGAAUGUGGCACUAUAGCUGUAAUAUGUCAGAGCACCCAAUAAAUAUAAUUGGAACUCACCUCCCUGUGCGAGUGUCCCCAGUAUCAACAGCUGCAGAAGAGCCACAGAGAGGAGAGUUGUAAGUCCUGGUGCCAUUAUGAUGAUACUACCUGCGUCUCAAAUCCAGAUGUCUCUUGCUUUGUCACACACACGAGCACUUCUUCAACUGUACCUGACCCCAGUGAUCCCAGUUUGAGCACAUUCCAGCCCCAUGUUGCCAUGGUUUAUGUUUCUUAUUUAUCCAUUCAGCAAAAGGCAUUGUGGAAUAAGGUCAGCACGCUCUUUAAGAACUCACGCGUAUGACAAAUCAAGACUGCGCCUAAGAAAAUGGCUUUUCUUUCAAAUGUUCCCUUUUGCUCCAUUUAAGAACUUUUUUCACAAGGCCAUUCUUCAAGCAUAUUGUGAAUAGAAAGUGAUGUGUUAGCUUGUCAUUGAUAUAAUAAAGCAGAAAUCUGCAUUGACGUUGAGUAAUGAUCUAUCUUCGCCCUCUGACCCUGUGUUCCCUCAGGUGGCAUGGUGAAAUAUGAGGUGAAUACAAUAUAAAGGUAAAGAGCCUGGAGACAGUGGACACUAAGUGGACUUAAUCCUUCCUCAGAUAUAACCUCGGGGAGCUUUAUGCUCUAUUCUAAUGCAUUAAUAUCCUUAUUUAAAUUUAGCAGUUUUCUGAAGGCUUUGCAAUGACUGUAUUGUUGCAGUUUUUCUGCAGUUUUCCAGAAUCCAGAGUUUCAAUACUGGCCAAAACAUGAUAUAUUAUUGUUAAAGGUUUUCCUAGCAUUGCUGUGUUGUGCUCAAUGUCAACAAUCUCAAAAUAACCCAUGACUGUGUUAAUAUCUAUAAUAACCACAUGGUGUUGCUGCAGUCCCAACACCAAAACAUUAAAGGCUUGGAAACUGGUGCAACACAGUUUCUUAGUUAUUUUUUAUCGCUUGGUACUAUUUUCACAAGUAUGUGGUGAAUUUUCAAAACUCUUAGGACAAAACUCCAAACUUAUAACAUUUGUAAUGCAGCCAGUCUUAUGUUCAAAAGCUUUCAUUGUGCAUUCAUUUUUUGGGUGGGAGACAUGCCACACAACCAUUGAGCCACAAUAUAAUCCUACUGUGAAAUACAUUGGUUUAAUCACCAAAACACAACAUAAUGACUAAUUAUUUUAACAACCAUUAAUGUAAUAGCAAAAAAUAUAAGAUACCUUUGAAUGUAUGUAGUAUGCUACAGUACUGUAAAUUACACUACGUUACACUGUUUUCACAUUAGGCAAUGUACUUGCACUGCCCAUUUUAAAAUUGACUGAACAUCACAUUUCCAUUUCUAUCCCCAGGGUGAUCAUUGAAGACAUCUUUCACAAUGUAAUCAAAUGAAAUACAAUGUUUAGCAGGUGCUAGUUUGCAUCAACCUGUUUUGAGCAUCCUAAAUUUUCAUGCACCUGGGGAAAAACCUUUUGGCAUGGUGACUCCAAGCCUCACAUAGGUCUGGGUGAAAAUCAUUGCAUGCCUCAUCCAUGGCCUGAAGGAGAGUGGUACGCUUAUGGGGAUGGCAGUCAUAUAUCUAUAUUGUAUUUUAGAUUAUUGUAUGGUACUUAUGUAUUGGGGUCACAUACCAAAAUGUGGAGUGUUGUCACUUUGGAUAAAAGUGUCUGUUACGUAAAUGGAAUAUACUGUAUUAUGGUAUUAGAGUACUGUAUUGGCCAAUGCAAUUUUAGUAAAGUGGUGUGACCCCCCCCCCCCCCCCCCCCCCAAAAAAAAACACCCCAUCAGCUUAAUUUUGGAUACAUGAAAACCUACGUGAUAUUGAGUUGCACCCCCUUUUGCCUUCAGAACAGUUUCAAUCCUUUGGGCAUGGACUCUACAAGGUGUCAAGCGUUCCCACAGGGAUGCCGGCCCAUGUUGACUCCAAUCCUUCCCACAGUUGUCAAGUUGGCUGCGUGUCCUUUGUGUGAUGGACCAUUCUUGAUACACACAGGAAACUGUUGAGCGUGAAUCCUAGCAGCGGUGCAGUUUUUGACAUACUCCAAACCAGUGCGCCUGGUACUUACUACCAUACCCCGUUCGAAGGCACUAAGUAUCCAGACCCAUUGAAUUUUCCACAUUUUCUUAAGUUACAGCCUUAUUCCAAAAUGUAUUAUUUUUUUCGUCCUCAGCAAUCUACACACAAGACCCCAUUAUGACAAAGUGAAAACAGGUUUUUAGACAUUUUUGCUAAAUUAUUAAAAAAAAUGUAAAUACCUUAAGUAUUCAGACCCUUUGCUAUGAGACUUAAAAUUGAGCUCGGGUGCAUCCUGUUUCCAUUGAUCAUCCUUGAUGUUUCUACAACUUGAUUGGAGUCCACCUGUGGUAAAUUCAAUUGAUUGGACAUGGUUUGGAAAGGCACACAUCUGUUUAUAAGGUUGACUGUGCAUGUCAGAGCAAAACCCAAGACAUUCGGUAGAUGGAAUUGUCUGUAGAGCUCCAAGAAAGGAUUGUGUCGAGGCACUUAUCUGGGGAAGGGUACCAAAACAUUUCUGUAGCAUUGAAUGUCCCCAAGAACAGUGUCAUCCAUCAUUCUUAAAUGGAAGAAGUUUUGAACCACCAAGACUCUUCCUAGAGCUAGCUGCCCAGCCAAACUGAGCAAUCGGGAGAGACGGGCCUUGGUCAGGGAGGACAAGCAUCUCUGCAUCACUCCACCAAUCAGGCCUUUAUGGUAGAGUGGCCAGACGGAAACCACUCCUCAGUAAAAGGCACGUGACAAACCGCUUGGAGUUUUCCAAAAGGCACCUAGACUCAGAUCAUGAGAAACAAGAUUCUCUAGUCUGAUGAAACCAAGAUUGAACUCUUUGGCCUGAAUUCCAAGCGUCACAUCUGGAGGAAACCUGGCACCAUCCCUACGGGGAAGUUUUUCAGGGACUGGGCGACUAGUCAGGAUCGAAGAAAAGUUGAAUGGAGCAAAGUACAGAGCGAUCCUUGAUGACAACCUGCUCCAAAGAGCUCAGGACCUCAGACUGGGGUGAAGGUUCACCUUCCAACAGGACAAUGACGCUAAGCACACAGCCAAGACAACACAGGAGUGGCUGCGGGACAAGUCUCUGAAUGUCCUUGAGUGGCCCAGCCAGAGCCCGGACUUGAACCCGAUAGAACAACUCUGUAGAGACCUGAAAAUAGCUGUGCUUCAACGCUCCCCAUCCAACCUGACAGAGCUUGAGAGGAUCUGCAGAGAAGAAUGGGAGAAACUCCCUCAAAUACAGGUGUGCCAAGCUUGUAGCGUCAUACCCAAGCGCGAACCACUGCUUUUAAUCAGGUGACCGGAAACAUGACCGAAUACAAACAGUGUAACUAUUCCCUCCGCAAGGCAAUCAAACAAGCUAAGCGUCAGUAUAGAGACAAAGUAGAGUCGCAAUUCAACGGCUCAGACACAAGAGGUAUGUGGCAGGGUCUACAGUCAAUCACGGAUUACAAAAAGAAAACCAGCCCAGGAUGUCUUUCUCCCAGGCAGACUAAAUCACUUUUUUCCCGCUUUGAAGACAAUACAGUGCCACUGACACGGCCCGCUACCAAAACAUGCGGACUCUCCUUCACUGCAGCCGAAGUGAGUAAAACAUUUAAACGUGUUAACCCUCGCAAGGCUGCAGGCCCAGACGGCAUCCCCAGCCACGCCCUCAGAGCAUGCGCAGACCAGCUGGCUGGUGUGUUUACGGACAUAUUCAAUCAAUCCUUAUCCCAGUCUGCUGUUCCCACAUGCUUCAAGAGGGCCACCAUUGUUCCUGUUCCCAAGAAAGCUAAGGUAACUGAGCUAAACAACUACCGCCCCGUAGCACUCACUUCCGUCAUCAUGAAGUGCUUUGAGAGACUAGUCAAGGACCAUAUCACGUCCACCCUACCUGACACCCUAGACCCACUCCAAUUUGCUUACCGCCCAAAUAGGUCCACAGACGAUGCAAUCUCAACCACACUGCACACUGCCCUAACCCAUCUGGACAAGAGGAAUACCUAUGUGAGAAUGCUGUUCAUCGACUACAGCUCAGCAUUUAACACCAUAAUACCCUCCAAACUCGUCAUCAAGCUCGAGACCCUGGGUCUCGACCCCGCCCUGUGCAACUGGGUACUGGACUUCCUGACGGGCCGCCCCCAGGUGGUGAGGGUAGGUAACAUCACCCCGCUGAUCCUCAACACUGGGGCCCCACAAGGGUGCGUUCUGAGCCCUCUCCUGUACCAAAAUCAAAUCAAAUGUAUUUAUAUAGCCCUUCGUACAUCAGCUGAUAUCUCAAAGUGCUGUACAGAAAUCCAGCCUAAAACCUCAAACAGCAAGCAAUGCAGGUGUAGAAGCACCUGCAUUGUGCCACGACUGCGUGGCCACGCACGCCUCCAACUCAAUCAUCAAGUUUGCGGAUGACAAUACAGUGGUAGGCUUGAUUACCAACAACGAUGAGACGGCCUACAGGGAGGAGGUGAGGGCCCUCGGAGUGUGGUGUCAGGAAAAUAACCUCACACUCAACAUCAACAAAACUAAGGAGAUGAUUGUGGACUUCAGGAAACAGCAGAGGGAGCACCCCCCUAUCCACAUCGAUGGGACAGUAGUGGAGAGGGUAGUAAGUUUUAAGUUCCUCGCCGUACACAUCACAGACAAUCUGAAUUGGUCCACCCACACAGACAGCAUCGUGAAGAACCAACCUCAGGAGGCUGAAGAAAUUUGGCUCGUCACCAAAAACACUCACAAACUUCUACAGAUGCACAAUCGAGAGCAUCCUGUCGGGCUGUAUCACCGCCUGAUACGGCAACUGCUCCGCCCACAACCGUAAGGCUUUCCAGAGGGUAGUGAGGUCUGCACAACGCAUCACCGGGGGCAAACUACCUGCCCUCCAGGACACCUACACCACCCGAUGUCACAGGAAGGCCAUAAAGAUCAUCAAGGACAACAACCACCCGAGCCACUGCCUGUUCACCCCGCUAUCAUCCAGAAGGCGAGGUCAGUACAGGUGCAUCAAAGCAGGGACCGAGAGACUGAAAAACAGCUUCUAUCUCAAGGCCAUCAGACUGUUAAACAGCCACCACUAACAUUGAGUGGCUGCUGCCAACACACUGACUCAACUCCAGCCACAUUAAUAAUGGGAAUUGAUGGAAAUUUAUGUAAAAUAUAUCACUAGCCACUUUAAACAAUCCUACUUAAUAUAAUGUUUACAUACCCUACAUUAUUCAUCUCAUAUGUAUAUACUGUACUCUAUCAUCUACUGCAUCUUUAUGUAAUACAUGUAUCACUAGCCACUUUAAACUAUGCCACUUUGUUUACAUACCCUACAUUACUCUCUCAUAUGUAUAUACUGUACUCGAUACCAUCUACUGCAUCUUGCCUAUGCCGUUCUGUACCAUCACUCAUUAAUAUAUCUUUAUGUACAUAUUCUUAUCCCUUUACACUUGUGUGUAUAAGGUAGUAGUUUUGGAAUUGUUAGGUUAGAUUACUCGUUGGUUAUUACUGCAUUGUCAGAACUAGAAGCACAAGCAUUUUGCUACACUCGCAUUAACAUCUGCUAACCAUGUGUAUGUGACAAUUUUUUAAGUUUUUGACUCAAGGCUGUAAUCGCUGGCAAAGUUGCUUCAACAAAGUACUGAAUAAAGGGUCUGAAUACUUAUGUAAAUGUGAUAUUUACGUUUAUUUCUUUAUAAAUUUGCAAAACAAAAUUAAUCCUGUUUUUCCUUUGUCAUUAUGGGAUAUUGUGUGUAGAUUGAGGGGGGAAAAAGACAAUUUCAUAAAUUUUAGAACAAGGCUGUAACCUACCAAAAUGUGGAAAAAGUAAAGGGGUUCGAAUACUUUCCGAAGGCACUGUAAGUGUUUUGUCUUGCCCAUUCAACCUCUGAGUAGUGCACAUAUGCAAUCCAUGUCUCCAUUGUCUCCAGGUUUUAAAAUCAUUAUUUAACCGGUCUCCUCCCCUUCAUCUACACUGAUUUGAAGUGGAUGUAAGUGACAUCAAUAAGGGAUCAUAGCUUUUACCUGAUCAGUCAUAGAAAUAACACUGUCUUUUGAACACUCAGUGUAUUGGGGAUGCAUUUAUUAUUUGUUUUGGACUUUCUGGAUGAUUUUGAUGUUGUAUUACUGCAUUGUAGAGGGGCUAGAAACAGAAGCAUUUCACUGCAACUGCUGUAACAUCAGCUAAUCUGUGUACGCAACCAAUAAACUUUUAUUUGAUUUGUUA